UUUUGGUAGUUAGUGAAAUCUGGCGCGACUUUGUUUAAAUCGUAAAUUAUUACUAAAGUUGAGUUGGGUAUGGCACGCGAAUCACUUCUAACCUGGAUGCGGAGUCUGGGCGAAAAGGGGCGCCUGGAUGAACUGGAACUGCUCAUUCAAAACACUCCAAUAGAAAAGUUAAAAGAAACCCUUAAAUGUACGAUGACACGCAGCGAGGGGAUAACAUAUUGGAACUACCUUCUUCUUGGUUUCAAUCCGAAUAGCAAGGAUGCCCUGGCGAAGCGAUUCGAGUGCGUCCGCAGCUUUAUGGAAGGACUGAACAGCAUGGAACUGAGCUACAAACAGACUUUCGAUCUGAUCACGCGCCUGUCGCAGGACCUGGCGACCUUUCCGUCCGAGCAGCUGGCCUGGAUCGUGGAGCACUGCAUGGAUGGGAUACGCCAGGGAGAUGCCAAAUGUGUCGGCUGGAAGGAUUUGCUGCCGGACGCGCUGUCUCUUCUUUUGGCCAGACCGCGGUUUCUUCUGAACGGCAUAUCCAUAGAUGGUACGGAGUUAAGGGACACCACUGUAAGGAGCAUAUCCACCAUGAAAUGGCCAGCCUCAAUCCUUACGCCAAUUGCCGACAUGUUCAAGACCAUGAAUCUUAGCAGUGGAGAAGUUUUGACGGUGCUCAACAAAUUCUCAGGCGCCCUGCAGGAGCUAUCGCCCAUGGAACUCCCAGCACUGUGCUUCCAGUUGUUUUCGAUGUGCAGCACUGCUUCCCAGUUGAUUAUUCCGUUGCUGGCCCUAGAAAAGUAUUUCCAUCGCAAUUAUUACAAACGGCUCUUCUCAGAUAUGUGUAGCAACUCAACGAACCUAGAUAGCAUUGACUUGUUCUCGGAUAAGGAACUAAGGGAGGCUGAAGAGACUAUCCUGCAUCAUUUGAACUACUGUACCAUGUACAAACUUACUGAAAAGCAUUUGGCAAUAAUGCUAAGAAACUUCCUGCAUAUGCCCGACGUGAUCCUUACUCCGUUUAUGCUUAGCGCCAUCAUUUCGAUGACUAGCAUUAAUCGUGACCCAGAGUCUGCCAGAAUAUCUCAUUCCAUUUUGCUACCUUUUCUGCGCAAUGUGAUCAAAAACAAUGAGGAAGAGCGUACGUUUGCCGAGGACUCCGUGUGGUAUCGGGAUACAUUGCAACGUAAACAAGUUGAUUUGCAGCAGGUUUUUACGGUGCUCAUUGAUCAGAACAAAGACGGAAAGGAUGUAAUUACACCUGGGCUGGUUCAUUUGGUAUUUUACUUGCUAAAAUCGCAUUCGCCGAAGAUGCACGCUUUGGCCAUCACUUUUCUCACAAAGUUCAUACGAAAACGAUUCAUUUUUGGUCAAGGCAUUAUUAAACUUAUUUCUGAGUGGAUGAUAGUAUAUCAGGAUCAGAAUCAGUUCUCGGAGUGUCUCACACUUUUAAGUGUGGCUGAUACGUAUACAGUCUCCGAGUGCUUAAAACCAAUUCAAUCCGUUUUGGAGCAUAUGCAAUGGCUGUCUGGUGAGCAGUCUAUGCGCAUGAUGAACUUUAUUCUACCAUUACUAAAGAUAUCCAAUCGCAUUCGUGAUGCGCUAAUUGAUGUACUUUGCAAAGCAAUGAGCUCGAGCGGUAUUCAAAAACGGCGAAUGUCGAUUUAUGGGUUCUGUAUGAUCCUUAAACAACUAAACAACAGCAAUUCUGUGCGUCAGACCUCAAGUGCCACCAGCUUCUGCACCCAACACAGCAUCUCUGGCUAUUCCAUAAUGACCCAAAACACACUGGGCAGUCGUAGUAACCCUCAAAGGAACUUCGACAUGCUUACGCUGGAAAUUAUUGGAAUGUUGCGAAACUGCUUGCAGCAACAAUUUGAUAUACGAUGCUCUCUCUAUGAGAAUCUUCAGAGAGCGGUGGAACUCAAUGCUAAACUAGUGCCCCAUGUCCUACAAGUCAUUGACUGGCACUUUCGCAGUUUCUUUGACACCCCCUCUGCAGAAGAUGCUGAUGAUGAUCUAGACACAGUAUUUCGCAUUCGCUGCGAGCAAUUGGUUAGCUCUAGCGAUGAUCAAUUGAUGGAGAUUCAGCUUAAAGACAACCUGGGCAAAUUGAUUCAGUUUGUAGCUAACUGCUUGGCAGUUUUCGAUCGAGCUCCAUCGGGAUACGACACUCGUGAGAUGAAUAGGCUCAUGCGUUUUUGUGUGGACCGUAUGGUGGCAAACAGAUUGCCCUUGGAAGAGAUAACGCCCCCAGCAACACAUCUAAAAUGCGCCCUUGUGUUGCAGCAACUUAAUAUUAUUGAAGGAAUCAUUAGUCACUUAUUGCUUAGAUCCAAGCCCCAAAACGACGCUAUUUCUCAAAUCUUGCCUCUUUUCAAUCAGCAUUGUAAGCUUUUGGAGAGUCUUAAAACAUUAUCCGAUGCAUCAAAGAAAGCCCAAAAACAGUUGAAGCAAACGGCCAAGAAUAAUAGUACAUCAACGUGCAAUUUGACCGUAAACGGCGUCCCAGUAAAGACCAUGUGUACACAGCCUGAAAAUAUUUGGGAUUUGGCCAUAUUAGAUAAGCUGCUGCAUCUACUGCUUGAUGACGUCGUUGCCUUUGCUGCUCCAGAAAAAACGGUUUUCCUGCGGUCCAAUGAGCCCCUUGUCCGAUAUGUUUUAUCCGUAACGGCCAGCAGAGUGGAGUCUAUACGCCUAGAGCCCGAUUAUAAGCAGUUGGCCUAUAGCAAGCGCACUUUUAAGCAAUUGACUGACAUUACAAAGGUUAUUUACGAGCGCUGCAUUCAACGCCUGCCGGGGGUGUGGAAAAAUUUUGAUAUGCAGAGCGCUGCCCUAGCCACUCAGUGUUUUUCUGAAUGCCUACAAACAGUUCAUGUAACGUAUUCAAAGAAGUUUGAUGAAUUCGUCAAGUCAUUUGAUAUGGCAUCUAUAAAAGGGAGCAGAAACAAAGAAGUGAUUUAUACAGUUCAGGAUGUUUUAGAUGACUUUAUGACCGAAUACGGCACUGAUGAAUCAAUUUGUAAAAAUGAUUUCGUUUCCAAAUUGCCUGUUUACCUUUUGGAGGGGCUUGAAAUUCUUUUAGCUCACAUUGACUAUCAGGAUCGUGCUGCCACCGAAUCUUACACUUGGCUUCUAAAUUUUUGCAGCAAAAACGAGAUUCUUAAUAGUGGAAUGGGCCUGGUGCACAGAAUGCUAUUUGUUCAGCGCCAAAAAACCCACAUAGGUCCGUUUUUUGACAGUAUUGCCAUGCAAUUGGGUCUCGUACUGGGCGUACAAAAAGAAGUAGAGCCAUCAGACUCUGUGACGUUAAGUCUGAAAUCCAUUAGUACUGUGACCGCCGAGAGUUGCCUACAGAAUCUUUAUGCUGCCGUCCAAAAGCAGCUGAACGAUGUAGAUUACUUUGUGAACAAAGCAAACAAUCUAAACUUCAAUUGCCAAGUGGUUCCCGAAAUGGACCACAUAUAUUGGCGGGGCAGCCUAGAUUCUAUGGAUCGAUCCAUAUGCACACAAAUAAUCCACAUAUCUCGCACUUUGCUUGUGCUUACAAACGUUUGCAUUCCUCUUGGUUCUUUAAUGGACGGUCUUAUGAAAUUGUUGAUUCAGCACUACACUUGUUUGAAAAACCUUACCAAGCACUACAUAUCGAGCUACACAUCAGAGACAUCCAUUGAAAACAUUCGAGGCACUAAAUUUGAACUUCUGCUACGUGGAGUUGGCAAACAACUUCCGGCGAAUAUUUACGAGCUCAUUACGUACAUAGAAGCUAAUACCCUUGAUGAGGAAGCGCAGCUGCAUACAAAAAAGCGAAAGGUUCAAGCAGAACGCGCAAAAGUUUUGAGAGAGACCCGUCUUAUCCCCAAGGUUAUAAUGGUUAUCGAGGACUUCAACAAGCACAUUAUUCUCUUGUCGAAAAAGACCAAAAGCAAGAAUAGGCUUACAGACUACCUUCAUUUGGGAACGAUGCGCGACUUUGAUAUUAAAUCGACGGAUUUAAGGGCAGCUAUAGAACGCAGUAUCUCAGAUGGUCGCAACAUUUCCACAGAAGACAGUAAUGGUGAAGAUCAGGAUCAAGAUGAGAAUGAGAAUGUAGAGGAAGACGAUGAUAAUCAAUCCACCACAUACCCAGAGGAGUUGGAGGAGCAGGAAGAUGAAUACAUACUCAUAGAGAAGAAAGGUCAGCGCAGGAGGCGUGCAUCUAGUAGUGAAGCAGAGGACCCACAACCAAAACGGAAAAGAGGUCGCAAAGCUGCAGAAAAGCUGGAAGCCAAAGUGCAAUGUGAAGAUGAAGAGGAAGUCGAGGAGGAGCAAAAUGAUAUCACUUCAAAAUUAAAUCGAAACAGAAAAGUAGAGCCAAAGACAAAAGGGAGUGUACCCAAAGCCACUAAAAACCCCGAGGAGCAGCCAUCACAUGACAGUCGCACUACUAAAAAGUCAAAAGCUCUAGCGGAAAAGAAAACACAGAAUCCAACAGAAGAUCUUUGCAUUCGCGAAGUACACGCUGAGAAGAAAAAACCACAGCCUAGUCGUAGACUGGGAAUACCACGUACUUUAAAGAAGUUAUGAUUUAUUAUAAAAAGUAAAAGAUCCGUUAUUACCAAUAUGUAUAUAAAAUAAGAAAGUGGCAUGGUUAUGCCAGUGGUUUGUGGUAUUAUAAACUA